GGUGGAAGUUACAGCGUUCUCAGAAAUGAGGUGGAGAUCUGCUGUAAAGGCCACCAUGGUUUCUUCAUUUCAGGAAAGGACAUGCUUGAUUUUGUCUCUCAUCAGGACUACGUGUAAGCUUGUUAUUUGCUCUUUGUGACACCUUGGGUAAACUAUUUGAUGUAUUGACAAGUUCAUUUGACAGCACCUCAUUACCAGACAUAUAUUCUUCUACCCUGUGUUAUAUCUGAAUGUUCUUGUUCAUGUGGAGUAUCUUUCAUUUCUCAGUGUGUGGGCUGUAGUUUUUUUGAUAUCUCCUAGAUUCCCACUCCUGAAUGACUCACCAUGUGUUAUCACAGCUCGAGAUGGUUGAUGUACCAGUUCAGCUUUCUUAGGGAGUAAGUGGUUCUGGAACAACUACUACAUUUUAAAUUUACACAGUAUUUUAAUGAGAUGUUCUAGUAUUGAUAAGGCAAAGGUCUGUGUUUUGUUUUAUUUUUUUCCCUUGGUCUUAUGUAAGAUGGGUUUAAUAGAGUUUAAUGUAUCACAUCACUGUGUCUAUUUACCUUGUUGCUUUUCUUUGGGUGUUUUUUUUAUUUUUUAUUCCAAGAAGCUGGUAGCAAAAGUCAACCAAAGGUAACUAUGACAUCCUAAUUCUGCCAUGAUAAGCUGUCUCUGUCUUGUCAUUGAGUUUAACUUCAGUAGCUAAGGAAGGAGCUGUUAGGAACCAUGCAAAACUUAAGCAUAGCAAAAAUCUAGUCAAAGUUAAUGGCACAUGCAAAUUUAUAGGUCUGCAAUGUAAUAAAAACCCUUCAUGGUCAAACUAUAUGUUGCUUAAAUGGUUAUGCAUGCCAGUAAGACGAGAAACAAACUGUUCACCAAGAGCUUACCCUGAAUAGAAGGAAGGACUCUUGUCCAUAGUAGAUGGAAAAGUUAAUGUCAGGUCAGGACAUUUGCUGAGUGGGUCACUGAUUCCUUAAAAAACAAUCAGAGCCCAUGCACAAGAACCUGAAGUUCUUUAUUAGGACAUAUAUAUUGAUAGAAAUUGAGGGCUACAGUUUAUAUGCCUGUAUAUGUAUAAUGCAAAUAUUUUGUACCAACAUAACACUUUAGAAGUAGGCAUAUUGGUAUGGUCAAUCUUGAGUUUAGUGGAAAUUCUGCACAAGCAGAAGAAAUUUUGAUUUUUUUUUUCAAAAAGGCAGGGAAGGAUAAAAGCUCAUUACCACAACUACUACUUUGGAAAUGCUGUGAAUAUGAAAUAGUCCCCCUUUUGUAUUCUGCUAAUACAAACUGCAUGAAUGCUGUAAGGCUGACAUCAUCUCUUUUAUUCUUAAAAAUCCAUUCUUAAGUCUUUUUUUUCCCAGAAUGUUUCUCACGUCAGUGAUGUUAGUUUGCAUCAUUCUGUUGCCUGAAGCUGACUGGGGAAGACAGAAUUUGGGACUCGUGGUCUCAUAAUAUGGCUCAGUAAUAGGGUUAAAGAAAAGUAAAAACUGCUGAAAAUGACUGAGCCAAAUGAUCUUUCAUUAUAAUGACUACAGUGGGCCACCCUGCAGAUUGAGAAGGGAAUAAAAAUGCAGAAGGCACUGGCACUUGAGAAUUUAAUCGCCAACGGGAUCAUCCAGAGAGAGGAAACCUCCAUGGAAAAGGAGAUUGCUGGCCAGCAUAGGGGAUACUUCAACCUUGCAGAUGUUAUGUACUUUGCCAAGAAGGGAUGCGAGGCAGUUGCAGAAGAUGAAGUCACACAGCGGUUCACCUCUGAGGAGCUGUUGUCCUGGAAUCUCCUCAGCAGAACCAAUGCCAACUUUCACCGUGUCAGCUGGCAACUGACCACUGUGUGGAUCAUUGGGAUCUUAAUCCGGUACUGUCUCCUGGUGCCUUUUCGCAUCUUCUUGGCUUUCUUCAGCAUCCUCUUGCUGGUCUCAGCAACUACGGUAGUAGGACAGUUUCCAAAUGGCAGGGUUAAACACUGGCUGAGUAACCAGGUUCAGCUGACAUGUGCUGCAUUAGGUGUCCGAUGUCUGAGUGGUCUUGUUCAAUUCCACAACAGGGAAAACAGACCACAGAAAGGAGGCAUCUGUGUAGCCAACCACACAUCUCCACUAGAUGUUCUAAUCCUGGCUAGUGAUGGAUGCUAUUCCUUGGUUGGCCAGGUACAUGGAGGGCUUCUGGGACUGAUUCAGAAAUCUUGCAUGCAAACCAGUCAACAUGUUUUGUUUGAACGUUCAGAAAUGAAAGAUCGUCAUCUGGUGAGAAAAAGAAUCAGAGAACACAUUGCAGAUAAGGCCAAAUUACCCAUUCUAAUUUUUCCAGAAGGUACCUGCAUAAACAACACGUCAGUUAUGAUGUUCAAGAAGGGAAGCUUUGAAGUAGGAGGGACCAUCCAUCCAGUAGCAAUCAAGUAUGACCCUCGCUUUGGAGAUGCGUUCUGGAACAGCACCAAGUAUUCCAUGAUGACCUAUAGUUUUAAUGUGUUGACCAGCUGGGCUAUUGUCUGCAAUGUGUGGUACCUGCCACCAAUGGUCAAAGAGGAAGAAGAAGAUGCUGUUCACUUUGCUGACAGAGUCAAGGCUGUCAUUGCUGCUCAGGGAGGAAUGUCUGUACUUCCAUGGGAUGGAGGACUGAAAAGAAAACAAGUCAAAGAGUCUUUCAAGGAAGAGCAACAGAAAAAGUAUUGCCAGCUAGUGACAUAAAAUGGGUUUGUGGGAAAUGGAAAUGUUUACUAAAUGUUAUUUAUUUUAUCUCCUGUUUAUUUGACUGGACUUAUCCUCAUGGAAAAUGGGCUUUUUUAAAAUAUUAAAAUCCACAUUCUUUCCUGCUGUCCCUGUCAGAUAUUUUGCAUGUGACACAGUAGAGAAGCCAUGAAGAAAUAGUAUUUUGUCUUUAAUAGGGAUAUCAGUUUAAGAAUAGGAACAUUUAUGAGAUUCUUGUGAAAUUCACUUCAAUGAUGAAUGUGAAGAAUCUGCAGUAAAAUUACCUAGGUUCAUUAGAACACAUUUUUUGAAGAAAUCUUUGAGUUACUUAGAGACUUAACUGUUGAUUUCUGAACUACUAAUAAAACAUAUGUCUUCGCAACCUGUAUGAGCAUCUUGUUUAGCCAUUUUCCUGUGAGCUGCAGGCACUGUGUUGUUGUAGAGAUACACUUGCCCUGUGAGAAGACAUUGGACAGUUCACCGUAAUGUUUUCAGAGUUCCAAGAUGUGGAUGAAGUGUUGGAUGUCAGAGGGAGGAAAAAGCGCUUGCUGACUUUACUCUCCAUGUCACAAGACAAGUGAUUGCCAGAUAGGAUGUUUCCCACUGUCCCAUUGACCAACAGCAGCACAGCAGCCGUGGCAACUCGUCCCAGGUGCCUGCCUGUGUGACAUGGGGAUUAGUUGGUGAAAGCCAAGGACAGUGGCAAGGAAAAAUAUAUUUUAAAAUUCAUAUUUUAUCUUCUGAUUUUCCUACGUCCCUUCCUGUGUCUGUCUGUAUGCAUUGCACAAAUUAAAGACAACCUAUGUCAUGGCUUCUGCUA